AUGACUGAACAGACACCUAAAGUAUUCAAGUUAAAGACUGUGUCCCCACCCUCUUUCCAACUUAUGCCUUUCUGGCCAGACAACAUCGAAGCCUGGUUUUGUUAUGCAGAAGCCGACUUCUUCGAGCACGGUGUGAACGAUGUGCGUGCACAAUUCCUCGCAGUAGUCAAGGCACUACCGCGCGAAUUCAACAGGUACGUAACACUUAGUAUGUUUACUAGUGAUGUUUCUGAUCCAUACCAAACACUGAAACAGGCCAUCCUUAAACGCGGAGAUCUAACCGAUCGACAAAGGUUAGACCAACUCCUUAACAACAUCGACCUGCAACACGGUUCUGCCACAGACAUGUUGCAAAGAAUGCGAGAAGUCAUUGGCCAAAGAACCUUCGAUGACGGCCUAUUCAAGCAACUUUUCUUAUCCAAACUUCCUCAACAGGUGCAAGCUGUUUUGGUCUCGUUCCAAAACAACGCUGUAGACGAACUAGCGGCAUCUGCCGAUCGCAUUCUCGAGAUCACUAGGUCUCCUAACGCCGAGGUUUUUUCAGUCAAAGAAAAGCCUCAAACGACCCAGAAUGACAUAACACAGUUGUGUCAUACACUUACGCGCUAUCUCAAACUCGGUAACGACCGCAAACGAUCACUUACUCCGCGGAGAAGCACAUCACGUAGGCGAUCCGUAUCUAGAACUCGAGAGACAGAUAAUCCUGAUUGGUGCUGGUACCAUAACCAGUACGGAAAGUCUGCCAGAAAUUGCAGAAAACCCUGCAAUUUCCCCAAUGCGAAAUCCGUCGACGCGAAGAACGCUUCGGGAAACUUCCAAGCCGGCACGCGUUAA